GGGGAGGUGGCGGUGCAGGACGCCAUCAUGGAGGGUGACUUGUUGAUGGCGCUUCAGCUCCAGGCGGCCUGGGGGGAAGAAGAUGGCGAUGUUCGCUCGAGUCUGAGUACGGUCCCGCAGCCUACGGCGCCCGCCUCCGUGGUAGACCAGGAGUGGGAGCUGAUCGACCCGAACCCCGACCUGCACGGCCUGUUCCUGCAGUUUAAUGAGUUGUAUUUCUGGGGCCGCUUGGCUGGAGUGGAGGUUCGCUGGAGCCCGCGGAUGACCCUUUGUGCAGGUGUGUGCAGCUAUGAAGGCAGAGGAGGAUUGUGUUCCAUCCGCAUCAGUGAGCCUUUGCUGAAAUUGCGACCCAGGAGAGACUUGGUUGAGACACUAUUACAUGAAAUGAUCCAUGCCUUGCUGUUUGUCACAAAUAAUGACAAAGACCAUGAUUCUCACGGCCCUGAGUUCCGCAAACACAUGUGGAGGAUUAACAAGAUGAGUGGAGCCAAUGUGACGAUUUAUCACAACUUCCACAAUGAGGUGGAUGAAUACCGGCAGCACUGGUGGCGUUGUGAUGGGCCCUGUCGAAACAGACAGCCUUACUUUGGAUAUGUGAAGCGGGCGAUGAACAGAGCACCAUCGGCUAGAGACCCCUGGUGGGCAGAGCAUCAGCAGACCUGUGGUGGAAGCUAUAGCAAAGUCAAGGAGCCUGAGAACUACAAGGGGAAGCUAGGAAAAUGUGGAGAAAAGCUGGGGAAACUGUCCAAUUCACCAAAGGAAGGAAAUGGGACUUUGGGUAAAUCCCCAGGCAUGGAUUGUCAUUCUGUUGUUCCAUUCAAUGGAAAAGGCCAUGUCCUUGGAGGUAGGAGCACAGAAUCAGCUUCUCAACGGACACCCUUGGGGAAGAUUCCUGAGAGCAGCAGGUUGCUCAGCCCACCCUCCCAGUUUGUUUCCUUGGGGCAUGAAUCAGGAUCUAGGUCCUGGAAUGUUAAAUCCAAUGAGCAGAGAUCUACUCCACAGGCUACACGUUUGUCUGACCCUGUCCCACCAAGUGCUGGCUCACCCUCUGUCCUCACAGGGUGGCUGCUGAAAAACCCCAGUGACCAAUUAAGCCCAAAGACUCCUAAAAGAUCCGUCAGCAAUAAUCGGGCUUUUGUCAAUGUCAAUGGGUCACCUGUUAGGAUUGGUAGGACGAAGCCAAUCAACUCUGCAAAAGACUCUGUCUUUAAAAGUAGCCGAAAACGGUCUGUCACUGAACUACACAAAAUUCCUCGACCACUGGAUCAGUCGCCCGUAAGUAAGAGUGCCAGAAAAAAGACUUUUGUUGGGCUGUCCUUCCCUGGAGAGUCUAUCGCUCAGGCAUUUGAGAGGUCACCGGCACAGAGACAGUCUGCAAAAGCAAGUGGAUCUGUUGAGGCAGACCCCAGUGACUGGCAGACCCAAAAUGAAAUGGUUGCACCAGCAUCACAGAUGGGCAGUCCUGACACUGUGCCUGUUAACUGUCCAGUCUGUCACUCUUCUGUCUUGUCAUCUGAAAUUAACCAACACUUGGAUUCCUGCCUCCAGUAACCAGGGAGGGGGAGAGUGAGUGAGUACACUACAGUUUUGUAUAUGAAGCUAUGGAUCGUGGGUUUUUUAAUGUUGUCGAAGUCUGUGGAAACCUCCAUUUGGAGAGUUAAACUCUUUUUUUUUCCUUCAACUCUUGGUUUUAAAGAAUGAUAUUCUGUACAGUGUAUUUCAAAGAUGUUGUUCAUGCAACCUAAUGUAUAAUGUAAACUGUUUCCUUUUACCCUUCACUAUGAAGUAACAUGUUCUAUUUUUAUGUAGAUUGUGUAACCUUUUUUAUCUUUGGAAACUAAAUUAUGUACCAUGCCAAUAAAGUUUAAUUGACCUGA